AUGGCUUCAGGUAAAAUGAAAUAAGUUAUGAUAUUUAGAUAGGGAGGCUUUAAGUUUGUCAAGCCAGGCUCUUAAUAGCAGUAAGUUAGAGAUAAGAAACAGGGACUUAGUAAGAGCUAGGUUUAUGCAUCUUCCAGGCAAAAUAAACGAGACUAGCAAUACUCAUUCUCAACAAACAAUUAUGAGUAAAGGCAACUGAAGAUAUACAAUGAAUGGAGUAGGAGUAGGAGAGAUAAAGGUUCUUUUAGAAUCUAUUCGCAAGUCAAUCAAACAAUUAGAAGAAUACAUGAAUAGUCACCUAUGAAACCAGAGGACACAAAUCCAUAGACUCAAUUCUAAGAGAUCUUUGAAGAACCUCCUCCUAUUAAGAUUAUUUAAUCUCGGAUGAAUUCACAGGGAGGAAGCACUAAGAAUCUUUAAAGUAAGCUGUCAUAAAGGGAGUUCUCAGAAAUGAUGUCUCGUAGUUUGUCCAAGAAUGAGGAAUCUAAAAUGAAAACUAGGUUGGCUUAGCAAAACUCUCAUAUCUAUGAUGAAGGAAUAUCCUCUAAAAACCUCAUGAACAAUGAUAUAUACCCGAAUCAUAUACCACAGAUACCAUCCUCACAGAAUGAGUUAUUGGCAUAAGAUGCAAAUAAUGCUGGGGGUGCAAAUGAAGAAAAUAAUGAUAAGCUGUAGCCAAGUAAAUCUUUAAACUAGAUUAAAGUGCCUGGUAAACAAGACACAAUAGGCUUGCAUAAAGUAUUAGGUCUUGAUUACAGAGAAAUUAAAUAUGAUGCUGUGAAAGAAGAGGAUUCUGCAUUUCAUUAAGAUAGUUAAAUCCUUUCAUUAAAUGACACAAGAAGAAAUCAAACGUCUCCCUCCAGUAAAAAUAUCAAUUAGCAGAGCAAGAUUAAUAUAUGUUCUCCUGACCUGUUAAAUGUAGAUUAUACUGACAUCAUCAAGCUUCAAAGACCUUUGCUAGGCAUAGGGAGUCUUCAAGAUGUAUAAAGCGCAAUCGAUAAAAUCAAGGAUGGAAAGACCUCAUACAACUUUGGAAUAAGGAAAAGAUCUACAAAUUAAUCGAGAUUUUCAAAUAAGAGAGACAGUUAAAUUUCUAUCAAAUCAGCUCUGAGUAAAACUUAAGCACCAACCAAUAACAUUAUCAACUCCUCCUAACUUAUCAUUAAAAGCCCUAAGAAUGAAAGAUAAACUAUGAAUUAGACAGUAAACUACAUUGAAACGAGCGACUACAAUGAAAAGUCUCCAAAAUAUUAGGACUAUAGAGAAAGACUAAAUUAAAGUGUUCAAGAUACCAUAUCAAUAGAAAGAAAAGAGGGUAAACCUAGCAAGGUUUAGAUGUAGCUUGAUCAUAAAAAGAAUGUCUUAGAUGGUACUUUGCUUCUCUAAGCGACUAUCCAUAAGACUAGUGGAAACACUCCACAGAGUGUUACAUUCACCAAGAAGUUGUUUAGUCCAAAGGAGUCCCUUAAAUUUAACGAUAAAUUUGCUUCGCUUGAUGUAAACAAUACUGAUGAAUAGAAAGUUACUAUUUAAAAUGAUAAACUUUCAACAAACAAGACUUAGAUUUUUGAGCCUAAGAAACAAACUAGUCCUUCACCUAGGAUUAUUAAAGACAAUUCUAAAAAAACUUGUAGAAGUGAUAAAAAAGAGCAGUUAAGCUAAAGAAGUCUUGGCAAGAAAAAGAGACUGAGAAAAUAAAUCUUUAACAAAAAUAAAAAUGCUGUUUAAAAUGCAUUAGUGGAGUAAGAUUCCCUAGACAAUGAACUUCAAAGAGUUGACAUAAUUUUACCAGAUUAUAAGACAGUUAAUAUGCAGCCUCAUUAUGCUGAGAGAUAGGAAUAAGUCGAAGAAAUCAAAUAAAUAUAGUCGCCUCCUCGAACAACAAAGAAACAAGCUAUAUAAUAGCUACAACAAAUUUAGCAUUCGAGAGUGAACUAGACGAUAGAGAAACCUGAAAAUAGCAAAUUAUAUAGAACUUAAAUGGACCCAAAUAAAAAGACUUUCUAGGAAAAUCUUGAUCAUUUGUUGAAAGAGCUUAAUCAAUCUGCUAGCGAGUUUCAAUCAUAAAGACAGAGGUCAAAUAGUAAAGGUGAUGUUACUCCAAAUAUACUUUAUUCGAACAAAGAAUAGUUUUAAAAGCAAUAUGAAACUAAUGCAAUAAAUAAGGCGAAUCAGGGGGGUAUGAAAAAGUCUUAUUGGAUAAAGGACAAUCCAAAUUAUUUAAAAGAUUACCAGGAGGCUGAAUACAACUCAAUGACUUAAAAGCCUGGUACCAUUAAUACUUCAGACUUUGGUUUAAGUCUUGGAAUAGAUAUAAAUUCUUAUAGUAGAGCCAAGACAAGCAAUUUAAAUCGUAGAGUUACUCAUUAGAAAUAUAGUAAUUCAUUACAAAACACUCGUAAAAAUAUAGAGUUCAGGAUCUUAAAAGUCAAGAUCAAUUAAAAUACAGUCAAAGGAGAUCGAUCCAUGUUUGAGAUUGACCUAAAUUAGCAUUUCAAAUUAAAGAGUAAUUUUUAAAAGGAUCUCCAUAAUAAGAAGAGAAUACAAACAUUAAGUAAGUAAAGCUCAAAGAGCAGGGUCUAAUCUCCAAAUCAAAAUGAAAUCUCAUUGCUUAAGGCAUUGAGAGAAUCCAGUCCCUCCUAGAUUCUCGAUAUAUUUAGUAACUCUAAUAGAUUGGAAUAGUGGAAGCAAAUACCUUAGAAUUCAAUCAAGUUUACUCUUAAUAAAAAUGAGGUUUAUGCCCCGAAUAUUAUACCCAUUGCUGAUCAUUUAAGGAGUGUAAAGAAAUAUGCCUUGAAUCAGUAUUUCUUUGGCAAUAGAAAUUAAAAUACCGAGGUACAAUAGUUUAAUAAGACUAUCAUGGAAAUCAUUGGUCAAUAGAAGCCCUAAUACAAAAAAGACAAAGACAUAACUUUACCCAGCAGUACAAGUCCAAAAUUAAAGAAUUAAGCAAGAAGAUUGCAGUCUGGAGUAAGUCAUAGGAAAAAUCAAUACUCUAUGGGGAAUCACCAUGGUGGGUGGCAUGGGUAGACCAAUUAAUCUAUGGAAUUCAAAACUCCAAUUUCACAAAUCAGCUAAAUGAAAGGGUAUUAAACAAUGACCAAUCAUUUGAGGCAAUCAAAUAAAAGCAAUAAUCAUUCAAUCGGAGGUGGACUAACUGGUGGAGGUCCAGGAUUUUACUAAUUAGAAGGUAGUUCAAAGAAGUUAAGUAGUUUCAACUAAGACAUUAUGGGUAUUCUGCAAGAUGAGCAAAGCACUGGCUAAAUUGACAAUAAUAGUUACUUGAAACAGCCAAGGUUCAAUAAUGUAAAUCAAAGCCAGACAGGCAUCCGUGUGAGUCAAACUAGCCAUAUGAGGCAAAGGAGUAGUGUUCUUUUUAAACAUUAGGGUAAAGAAGUUAAUCAAUUAAGACAAAGUGAUAAAGUAUCUGAUGUUAUUGAUAUUCUAGCCCAAAACAAUAAGCAUUCAGAGAUUUCUAAUGACGUGAUAUUAUGA